GUUGAGCAAGUCAGACGAUCGAGACCUAUCAACGACUCCUUUCUACCCAUUCAUGUGUUCGGUAUCACUGCCGGCUGCCGUGAAAUAGUCAUCUCUCACGAGAGUCAGAGUAAUUCAAGCACGUGCAAGUGUUGAGGCGUACCAUCGCAUUCGUCGUGCGCGCGCGCCAAGGUUUGCAUCAUUCUUCGGUAUUUGAGCAAGCCCGAAUUGGCAGAAAAACUUUCACUACUUUCCCAACGGACGUCGGACGUCGUCAUUAAAGAAGCAUCGAGGAUUCGGAUGGCGUCGAUUUAGUUGCAGCGACGCUUCGAAGUGCUGAUGCAACCGGUUUUUUAGGAACACUUUUGCGGAUUCUGCGCCGCGGCAUUGCGACGGCCAUCGUAUAAUCAAGGGGACGCUUAAACGGAAGAAACGCGUCGAGGUGGAUGUGGAGAUUAUUUUUUCUCUUAUUUUUGGAUUCGGUUCGGGAUCGCUCUUGGAGGGUUUUGAGUUUGAGCCUAGUGGUUCGACUGCUGCUGGCCGAUUGUGUUAGUAGUGAAUCGGUAGUGGACGAGUGGACGACGACGGACUUUCGGAAGAAAAAAGAGAAGAUCGGACGAAAAAAAACAGAAACCCGGACAUUGAUCGAUCAGUGAUGUGAUUGUGUGUACACGAUUGGAAAGGAGAUAUUGAAGUGUUGCAUGAAAGUCACGAACCGUGAACUCACUGCAGCUUAGAGACAGCAAGUGUUCUGUAAGAAGUGAGUUCCUCAAAACGAAAGAAAUUAAAUUUGAGGAACCAGUUCAGUGGCCUAUUAACGAAAACCAACUGAAAACCACACCUUCGAUUGCCGACAAAAGAAAGACAACAACAGCAACGAGGAGAAAAACAACACUCGAAUAGACGGAUGAUUUCGGGCGAUUUCAGUCAUAUAUCAUCGGCAGUCCAAGGCAGUGCCCGGGCCCGGAAAGGCAACAACGUUUUGUGGCUCAUCAAAUCAACGAUUUUUUUAAUGUGUGAGCCUGCACACCAAAAGAAGCCAUAAUUCAGUCGGACAAAUGGUUCAAUUAGACUACCGUUUGGGCUUUUGAAGGGAUUGGAAAGUCCCCUCCGGUUUGCGAAGUUGUGUUUUCUUUAAUAUUUAUUUUCCCUGGCUCAGUGCAGUGAGAGUGAAAAUUAAUCGAAGAAAGUGCGUGUUCUAUUAAAAGAAAAAGGGAAAGAAAAAAAACAACGCUUUUCUAUAAGGGGCGGUUUAUUGCGACCAGGUGACGUAAAUUGCAGGUUGUGGAAACGUUUGCAGGUGUUUGGGUGUGCGAUUAUGGGCAGGAACUUGACCGUACAAGUCGAUCACCCGUCUAGCUGUGGUAGUAGGAAAAUGGCAACCAGUGGGUCAACGUCUCGAUGGCUGAGGCCACUGUUAGUGAUAGUUUGUAUUAUCGGUGCGUUGACAAGCUCGGCCAUUGCUGGCGAAGAAAGUGUGACCGAGUUGCUGCAACUGGUCUUCGAUAAUCAGACCAUCGAAAGUCAAAGUGAUCCAAUGACGACGACAUCCGCGCCUGUGAUGUUAAUUGACAGUAACAACAACCUGACGGGCAGUUCUUCGUCGGGGCGAAGUCGAAAGCCACUUUUCAGCACCGGAAAUCGCCUCUGGGACUCGAUGAUUGCCGAGUGUAUCCCGAAGCCGACCUUCGCCUGCAUUCAAAAGAACGUGUACAAUUUUCUAGGCGAUUCGCUAGAGGUCGGUGACUUCAACAUCACCAAUCGGGUCAUCUUCACCAGGAAUCGAGUCGAUUUCACCAAAUACACCCGGGAAGCGAACGAAGCCCAUCACAACGAACAAGACCCGGACCCGGCGGACAACGAGAUUCCGGAUGCCCGAGCAGACAACGAACCGACAUCUCCGAUUGAGGAGGUAACGACGGCUCUUCAGGGCAAAACGUUGAAGUUCAUGCUCACCCAUGAUGUAAACGUUCAGAUGCCAGAGAUUUUGUUUGACGGAGCCGUCUUUCGGAUCCAACCACGUGCGAUCGAGGGCAACGGCAUGCUGGCCAAGCUGGAGUUCAUUCCGCGAACCGCGGUCGAAGCACGUGGGACGGUUCAACCAAGAAUUCUGUUCAAAAAAAUCAAAAAAUUCUUCCAGAGCAAGUUGUUGCUUGCCUUCCUGGCUGUGAUACUGAUAAUCAAGAUCAUUAAGAUCAAGGUUAUGUGGCUACUUCCGCUGCUGGUCGGCGUUGGUACGGCUAAGAAGCUGGUGCUCAAAUUCCUGCUGUUCCUGUUUCCGGCACUGUCUCACAUCUUCAAGCUAUGCUCGUACUACCACGCAUCUUUCCACAAACCCAACUUCCACCACCAUCAACAUCACAUCAAUCAUUUGCACACGUUCUAUCCGGGUGAUGGACACAGCCACCAUGUGCCGGAGCUCAUCUAUACCAAACCUCCGAAGGGUCAUCCGUCCGAAUAUCUACAUGGUGCUCCAGUUCCUCCCCAUUCACAUUUCCAGCCGGAAUUGCACUACGAAACGUCCGGUCCAGGGCUUGGUUCCGAGUUCAUUAGCGAUAGAAACUCUUACGUAGACAACUCGUUCAAGCCCAAGUACGAGGACUUGAACGAUAUCAAUGCAUGGGGUUUGGGCACAGCCACGGGUUCGUCACAGGCACAGCAUCUGCAGCAUCAACCACAACAAGCACCACCAUCGCCAUACUUAUCUUCACCAUCCUCCAACGGUGCUAGUCAAGGUCACGUUCAAGGUCACAUUCAAGGUCACAGCAGCAAUGUAAAUCCUCUUACGCAUCAGCAGCCCAGAAUCAUUAUUCCCGGUAAACCAGCCUCGGUUUAUGGCCCGCCCGGUUCUGGAUUCUCCUCAUUCGGCAGCAGCAUAAAGAGAACUCCAGCUGGAGCCGCCAGUUCUAUAGCCGCCGCGUACGUUUCAGCCCCGACGGCGGAGGAGCAGCUGGUUCGCGAGGCCCAACGGCAGGAAGCCCAAAGGAUAGCCCAGGAGCAGAAGCUGAUCGCCAAACAGCAGGCAAUCGUGAACCAGCAAGCCUACGCCCAGGAAGGCGUAACCCCGCGGCCGAUUGAUCCCUUCUACAGCCCGAUUCUGCAACGGCUCGAUAAGGUUUUCAAUUCGCUCGGCAUCACUGAGGAAAAUUGUCGGGAGCGCCUGGUCUGUGCCAUGUACAAAUCCCCCAUCAAGUACAGCCCGCAUAGCAACUACGUCUCGGCGGAACUGAGCAGAGAUGCAUCGGAACUGCAAAAACCAACCUCUACAAAUGCAGCGGUAAUUCGAUUUUACCGGUACGUUCAGGCAGCACGAGAUGGCCAGGAUCAGCGCGAUUGCCGUCAGGUUUAUUCGGUCUGUUCAAUCAACAUCGACAAGUAGGGACAAAGGGACCGAAUUGGACAGGAGCAGCGAAAAGAGUGAACUUGGAUUUUAGGAACUGAUUGAACCUAAACCUAAUCGAUCCAACAGGAUUUGUUCUGCGAAAUUAAAAAAAUAGGAAAGGGAAAAAUCAUAAUGAAAGAGAAAAUAAUGACGAAAGCAAUCCUAAUCCCAUGGAUCAUUACCUCGAAAACAAUUAUAUCUGACUAGUUCGUCAAUUACAACUGAUCAAGCUACGUUAAAUACUGACCCCAAAUUUGGGCAUCUUCUCAAAAAAUUUUCAUUUUCGAAUGAACUUUUUCCAGAAUAAAUUAGGGACUGCGUGAAAAUUCUUUAUUUUUUUGCUGUACGUAUAUUCCAAUGCAAUAAUGAACUGAAAAAAAAGGUUCAUUAAAGUUAUGGAAGGUUCAUAAACCAUAUCUCAUAAUUCUGAAAUUCAAUCAGAAUACGAAGGAAUUUGCUAUCAUAUUUGAAAAUAUGAUAAAAAGUACCGCUUCAUUUAUAAAAAAAAAAUAGAAGGAAACAGAUGUUUCUUUUUAAAUUAGUUUCUGUCUUUAAAUGGAUCAGUGAUUUUCAAUUGAAAUAAAUCUCGUUAAAUUUUAUGCCAUGAGAAAUGCAACACACUUCAGUGAUUUGAAUGCUUAUCAACAAAAAAAACUGAAUCACAAGAAAUAUUUCUAAUCGUGCUUUUCUUCUUGAACUCACUUUUCAUCAGAUUCCAAUCUUUAUUAAAACAUAAAACGAAGAUUAUAGCUUUAUAAUCUCAGCUGAAUGCGACAUUUUUUUUCAAAUCGACCUUCAAAUAACAAAAACGAGCGCUUUUAAUCCAAGUCCACACUUGACAAAUUUGUUUGUUGUAAUGAGUUUUGUUGCUCGGGAAAUAUAAGACUGACUCUAUGUCCCUCGAAAUAAAAAAUGGGAACCCUUCUACUCGUUGCAGCAAUCAAAGAAGCGUAGUGUUCACCAGGACUCAAAUUCAAGUUAUAUCUUAAACCGAAUUAUAAAACCGAUGAAGAAUAUAAAACAACGAUAUCUUUGAAACAAAAAGUGACUUUCAGGGCAGGAUUUAAAUCAAAUAGCAAAAAAAAUGAAGUGAAAAAUAUGAACAAUUGUUGUUGAGUCACUCUUGCAAUUUAAAUGAAGAAAAAAGAAAAUGAAGAAAAAAAAAACUCAAGAAAAAACUAUUAAACGUAUUCGUUUCGAAAAAUGGAUUCCAAGCAAAUUCAAACUACGUCUCCAUCCUAAAAUUGCAACUCACGUAUCACUAAAAUUUUAUCACUGUAAAUACACUACAAUAUGAUAUUGCCAGUUAGAUGAGUGUGAAAUGUUUGAAGUCAUUUCUGUUUCAGUAGUUUUUAAUUCAGGAAAAUGCAUAAAUCCGAAAAUAGUGUGGAUGAAACGAAAGAUAACUAUACAUCGGAUGCGUUACUUAAGUUGUCCAUGAAAAGGCAUAGAAAAUUGGGUUUAAGGUGAUGGAAAAGUUGAGCUGAAAGCAACUCGAAUAUAAAGUAUAAAUCUUGAAUGCUUCUCUUGAAAGGAAUCUUUCAACUAAGGUCAACUUUUGUUUUGACCGUUAGGUUCAGAUUAAAGCUAGAACGAGAGUCUACUUUAUAGCUCAAUUGUAUAAGCGUCAAUUUCAGGUGUAAUUAAGGUUGUUAGAAUAAGUAACGCUUUUCUUCUAGAAAGUUAUAAUUUAGUUGUGAAAAGUCUUAGCUCUAGUUGGUUUAUUUAUUGAACUAUUUAUUCUGAUAUUUAUUUAUUUAUUUAUUU